AUGGACUUUACAAGGGGGGGGGGGGGGGGGGGGGGGGGGGGGGGGGGGGGGGGGGGGUUAGGGGGGGGGGGGGGGGGGGGGGGGGGGGGGGGGGGGGGGGGGGGGGGGGGAAAAGGGGUGGGGGGGGGGGGGGGGGGGGGGGGGGGGGGGGGGGGGGGGGGUGGGGGGGGGGGGGGGGGGGGGGGCAUAUAUAAUAAAAAGGGGGGGGGGGGUGGGGGGGGGGGGGGGGGGGGGGGGGGGGGGGGGGUGGGGGGGGGGGGGGGGGGGGGGGGGGGUUAUAUAUAA